UCAUCGCUUUCGCUGAACUCUUGUCACAUACCCCGGAGGACGACGACGCCCACCUACGUGUGCUUUGGAAAAGUCUCCAGCAGCAGGACCAUGGCAACGCCAGCGGAGAACGAAGGUGGCGGUGCCGCGGGAGCCCGCAAAGCCAAGAGAGGCCACAAAAGCACCAUGCCCAAGGCCAAUCCGCGCAAGAAAUUCUUCCACUGCUACUUGCUGCAGUCGCAAGACCCCAAGCACAAGCGGUCGACCUACAUAGGCUUCACCGUGGAUCCCGGUCGAAGGAUCAGGCAACACAACGGAGACAUCAUCGGCGGGGCAUUCCGAACAAAGCGUAAACGCCCUUGGGAUAUGGUGGCCAUAGUACACGGCUUCCCUUCCAAGUCGUCCGCGCUUCAAUUUGAGGCUGCCUGGCAGCACCCCCAACGAGAUCGCCGCAUCAAAGUAAAAGUACCCGACUUGCCGGUGGACUCGCGUCGAACAGUAGGAGUACCGGGAAAGCUCCGAUUGUGCAAGGCCAUGCUCUGCCUCGACCCUUGGGCAAGGUACGGCCUGGGCAUUCGCUUCUUACGAGAAGAGUACGCCGCGUCGUAUAGCAAGUUGAACCUACCUCAGCCCCUCCCAGUGAAGGGCGAUCCCGACACCGAGCUAAGCACGGGGGCGCAGGAGGGGCUACCGGUCUACAAGUCGCCCCCUGGCUCUCAGGAGGAGCGUUUGGAAGCUCAGCGGCGAAGCAGUGCAGCGGGCGGUGAUGGCGGUGGUCCUCCGGUGUGGCGAGUAGACGACAGCAGCGAUGACGACGAGGACGACGAAGGUGGGGGCGAUGGUGAUGGCCACGAUUCCGACGGCGCAGGAGGAUGGAGCAGCGAUGCGGGGUCGACGGAUUUCAUUUCACAACCUUAUCCGGGGGAGGAAGAUGAGGAGGAGGAAGACGACAACGACGAUGACAGCUGCUGGAGGCUGAGUCUUGAACGAGCAGGAAAGGACUCCGAGGGAAGUGGGCAGCCAGAACGAUUUCCGGCUUCUGGAGAGAUGCCGGGCGGGGUAAAGUCGCCAGCGCUUGCCAAUGGGAACAAGCACAUUUCGUUCGUUGAUACCACCAGCGAUCGAUACGACAGCGACGGUAGCGAGGAAGGGGACCAGAUGAAGAAAAUAACAGGACAAUCGCCACCCAAGCUACCGCUUGCAGAGCGACUACGGUUAAGGAGGCUGAGGGAUUGUUAG